GAGUUAGAGGCAGUGUAUCCGCCAUUUACAGUUGGGAGGAAGAACGUGUCUAUUUUCGAGCUGAGAGAUUCGCUUGAUUUACUCGCUUUGCCCCCCUCCCCCGUUCUGUGUGGGGGGCUCGGGCUUGGAUCUACGAUACUUGUUCGUUAAGGAAACCAGUUGGGGAUAUUUUUUAUUUGAAAAGUCGAUUCUAGUGUAAGAGGAAGAGAAGAAGCCGGGAUGUUACGUAUGUGGACAGCUCUGCAGUGAGCCUCUCCCCCGGCAGAUCGACCUUACCCUGGGGUUUUCUAUUGUUGCAGCAUCCCGGCCUAGUCCAUCUGGCAGCCUGCACUUCUGUUGGUUAUUUGAAUUUUGCUGACUUUUUUUAAAAAAACCAUGGGCAUCGCAUCCAUUUUGAAAGCUUGAAAGAGCAGAACCUUAUGGCAUCGACGGGGCAGUCGUGGCGUUGUAUAUCAUCUGUGCUUAAAAAAACCGACGCAUUUCCAUAACCGUGGAAUUGUUCUAGUGGGGGAACAGAAACUAGCAGCAUCGCUGAAAGGGAUUGUUGCGUUGAUUGUCCUUUUUUUUUUGUUCUGGCCGUUUUUAAGUAUUAUUUUUGGAGUUAAUUCGGGAAUAAGGAACUGUUUUGGCCUUGUUUAUAUCGGUUGGAUUUUCAUUUUCAUUUUAAAUUUCUUUAUCGCCCUUUUGCGAAAUGAAGACUGGAUGAAAAUUGUUCGAAAUUUUUAAUUAAGGAUGGAUGGAUCACAUCAGAUGGUCCAUGUUUAUGUCGCUGCGUUGCAAUUGAUUGAGUUGGACAAUAUUGCGUAUCUCAUUUUUUAUACCGGAACGCUUCAGUUCCAGGGACCCGACUCUUUGCACAAACAUAGCAGGCAGUUAUUUUGACUCCUCAAAGAAAAUCAGGUUGCGUUUGUCUCUACGCGUAAUUGGUACUUUUUAUUGCAUUUCAACCAUUCGACCGGCAGUGUGCUUCGCGUUGAAAUCUUGUUCGAAGAGAAACCACUGAAUUCUUUUGGGGAAGUCUUUUGGGAAUCGAGUUUUUGUGGAAAUGUCGGAAAACGCAGACAAUGUUGGGUCAUUAUUGCGCCCCCCUAAAAAUGGUACCAAUUCUAGUUCAGAUACGACAAUAGGGGAGCGUUUUGGAGUAAGUUUGAGGAAAAAAGAAGAGUUUAAGGCUCUUAGGAGGCGGCGACAUACUAUGGAUAAGGACAGCAAAGCAGAGCACCAACGUUUUAUCAGGAGAAGUGUGAUCUGUGAUUCCAACGUUACAGCGUUGGACCAUCUGCCCAGUAAGACAUGUAUUAUCGUUUCGCCACCCGAAUCGGAUAAUGCAGCUUCAUUAAUAAGCAGUAUUACUAUUAAUAACGAAGCGCAACCUCCUGUACAAGCUACGACAGUUGACUCGGUCACUGCGGCAAUUCCUGUUUUUGCUGGAGAAAAAUGUGAAAAGUGCGUUGAUGGCAAUACGAAGGACGGAAGCACAGUCGCUGGAAUUGGCGAUGAACGACCUAGGGCUACCGUUCGUUCACUCGAUGCCGAUGUCUGCAACCACGCAGGGACUACAACCAGUAGCAGCAAAGACAGAAAAAAACAAAAAACUGUUCCAAUUAAAGAGGAAACCGAGUUGAAAGUUAACGAUGAUGACAGUUCAGAGAGCAAAGAAGCGGAAGAGGCAAAAAGUCAAGAGAGGAAGGCACAAGAAGAUAAUGAAGAAAUAGAGACUAAGGCUGUGGCAACCUCCCCUGAUGGGAGGUUUUUGAAGUUUGAUAUAGAAAUUGGGAGAGGUUCUUUCAAAACCGUCUAUAAAGGUCUAGACACAGAAACUACAGUGGAAGUAGCUUGGUGUGAAUUGCAGGAUCGAAAGUUGUCCAAGUCAGAAAGGCAAAGGUUUAAAGAAGAAGCUGAAAUGUUAAAGGGCUUGCAGCAUCCAAACAUAGUCAGAUUUUAUGACUCUUGGGAAUCAACUUUAAAGGGAAAGAAAUGCAUAGUAUUGGUGACAGAGCUGAUGACAUCGGGUACUCUGAAAACUUAUUUGAAGAGAUUUAAGAUAAUGAAAAUCAAAGUGCUUCGAAGUUGGUGUCGUCAAAUUUUGAAGGGUCUUCAUUUUCUUCAUACUCGUACACCACCCAUCAUACAUCGAGAUUUGAAAUGUGACAACAUCUUCAUUACAGGCCCUACUGGAUCAGUUAAAGUUGGGGAUCUUGGCCUAGCUACACUAAAAAGGGCAUCAUUCGCAAAAAGUGUGAUAGGUACCCCUGAGUUCAUGGCUCCAGAGAUGUACGAAGAAAAAUAUGACGAGUCUGUUGAUGUUUACGCUUUUGGGAUGUGUAUGCUAGAGAUGGCAACCUCAGAAUACCCAUACUCGGAAUGCCAGAAUGCUGCUCAGAUCUAUCGUAGAGUAACCAGUGGUGUGAAACCAGCCAGCUUUGACAAGGUAGCAAUCCCUGAAGUUAAAGAAAUAAUUGAAGGAUGUAUUCGCCAGAAUAAAGAUGAACGGUAUGCAAUCAAGGACCUAUUGAGCCAUGCCUUCUUUCAGGAAGAUACUGGUGUUCGUGUAGAGUUGGCAGAAGAAGAUGAUGGAGAAAAGCUUGCAAUUAAGCUUUGGCUACGAAUUGAAGAUAUUAAGAAACUUAAAGGAAAGUAUAAGGAUAAUGAAGCCAUAGAAUUCUCAUUUGACUUGGAAAGAGAUGUUCCGGAGGAUGUGGCUCAGGAAAUGGUGGAAUCUGGAUUUGUAUCUGAAGGAGAUCACAAGACCAUGGCUAAAGCCAUUAAAGAUCGUGUAUCUCUGAUCAAACGGAAACGAGAACAGCGCCAGUUGGUUAGAGAAAAACAGGAAAAGUUAGAGGAACAGCAGAAGAAGCAUGAUUCAUUGCAGCACCAGAAAACUCAACAAGGAGCCAGUAUAUCUCAAACUGGAGGGGGACAUCCUUCCCAAUUAUCUGCCACGGCACUUCCUUCUGCCCUUACUGGAGCUCUACCAACCCAAGUUGAACCAGAAGAGCCUGAAGCAGAUCAACAUCGUUUGCAGUACCAGCCGGCUGGAAACUCUGUUACAUCUGAUGGCACGUUUGACAGUGGCCAGAGUUCAUCUGGAUUUUCAGAUUCUCAUGGCAGUCAAACUGUUGGCUAUGGUUCUGCUCAAGAACCGCAUAUUUCAAGUCAGACUCCUCCAAGUAUCCAGGCAGCAUCACAACAGCAUGGCCAUCAGCAUUCUACAGGGCAGUCCCCAUCUCUAGUGCAUCCUUGUGGGGGAGUUCCAUCACAACCAGAGACUGUUUCAUAUCCACCUAUUCCUGAAAGACCAUUUUCUUUCUCUCCACCACCAAGUUUUUCUCUGAAAGUUGCUAAUUCUCAACGCCGCAAAAGUACUUCCAUCCUGGAAGCUCAUACUCACCAUUUUCAGCCAAUACUAAGGACUGUAGGCCAAAAUGCUUUCUCUGCUGAUGAUUUUACAAAUCGGAAUUCUGAAAGCUCAGCUGUUAAGGGCUUCGUUGCUCAUCGAUCCACCAGUGAACCAAUCCAUAUUGAAGGCCAAGUGCAACUAGAACAAAGUCAAGCCUUUGAAAACAAGUUAAGUUUGAGUCAGCUUGAGGAAAAAGUGUAUCCAUGUUGUAUGCAAUUACAGCAAACUUCACAGGAUCCAUAUGAAGUUGUAACUUGCAACAACCUUUCAGCUUGCGCAUUUCCUUUGCAUCAAAGUCCAGCAGAAGUAAACCUAAAGCAUCAGCAGAUUUAUUCCCAGCCCUUGGGUUGUGAGGAAUCCCUGAGUGGUCAAAAUUUGUUGUCAUGCCCACGACAAAGCCUAAUCGGUCAUGUGCCUCAAAUAAUGCAGAUGGCUUCUUCUAAAGUACCAGCUCAAGUUUCAAACUUAGCUUCUCAUUUUCCACUGGCCCAAGACAUGAUGCAAAAGCAUGGACAGCAUUGCAGGAUUGGAGAGCCACAGGCAAUGUUUCCACUGCCAACUAAAGUAUUUCUCCCAGUACAGGAUGGUAAAGAUGCUCAAUGUGAACCUGCAAUGACUAGCAUUGUUUCAAGAAAUACUGUUGGAACUAUGAAUACAAUGCUAACUGUUCAACACUUGACUGCCCCUCAGUCUGCACCACCUAUCCUUACACAGGUAAAUGAGGGCAGAACUGGAUCAAUCUUUGAAUUUCAAGUUCCUGCAGUGCAGAUGGAAGGUAGUGGCAUCCACGUUCCCCUUCCAUCAUUAACUCAGAGAGUUUACCGAAAUCGAAGGGCUUCAGUCGAUUUAAGCUUAGAGGACAGUCAAGGGACUGGAUUGUACAGCAGGCUUCAACCAGUGACUGAAGAACAGGUGGUUUAUUUUAGUUCUGAUGCUCUGUUGUUGCCGAGUGAUUUCCUGCAAAGCAGACGGCCUACGUCAGAAGAAUUUGCUCAGCAUCUUAGUCCGCAGUGUUCAAGUGACUCUGGUCAAUCAACUUCCUCGGAGACCAGAGAGUUCCAGUCACCACCACCUUUUGGAUUCCUGAUGCCAUUCUCCAGUUUAGCAUUGUAUUGUGAGCAACAGCAGGUUUUGCCAAAACAUGGCAUGCAUUAUGAAACGUUGCAAGGUGUGCCUGUUUCAAUAGCUUCACAACCACCCAUGUUAAAGCAGUUCAACACUGAGUCCUUUCCGACAACUUCAGGGACAGCUGGCUUGUAUCAGCAACUCAUGGAAGGAUCCUGGCCCCAUCCUGUUACAUUCCAGCAGAACUUUGCAGUGGAUCACAGUUCUGCAGAUGGACAGAAUCUACCUUUGCAGGUGCAAAUGCAGAGCCAGCCGCCACCUACCAGUCUUCCUCUAACUGUGUCAAAUCAGGCAGCCCCGCAACCACCUCCAGGAUCCAUGCAGCAGACAAACAAGACGGUACCGCAGCAGUCUGUGCAAUAUUCAGUUCCGCAGAUGGCAUCCAGUGGCUCGGUUCCAAGUCAAAUAGUUCCUCAGCCCCAAGCUCUGCCUAUCAGUCAAAUGCAUGCUGCUCAGCAGGGUCCUACUUCAUCACAGAAUUACUCCUCCCAGUUGCCGGUUAUUACUCCAAGCCCUGUAAAGUCUUCUGGAGGUGUCCAGUCCACUGUAGUCUCACCUCCACUUCCAGUUUCUAUAGAUGUUGCAUCUCAGCCUGUUACACAAGCAUCGUAUCAUGUUGGUCUUGCUGCAGUCAUGGCUCAAACCUAUAUUGAAUCUACAGCACCUGGACAAACAAGAUUACUCCAGCCUUGUACCUCCACUGUUCAGCAGAGCCAGACAGGACAAUUACAGACACAGGCAUCCCAAGAGGGGACCCAGGCUCCAACGCAGGCGGAACAGUUGCAGUUAUGCUCAUCUGUGGACAGUGCUCACUCAGAUGUUGCUUCUGGGAUGAGUGAUGGUAAUGAAGGCCUUCCAACAAGUGGAAGACAUGAAGGGCGAUCAGCAAAGCGGCAUUGUCGUAAAUCUGUGAGGAGUCGUUCACGUCAUGAAAAAUCAUCUAGACCAAAGCUACGAAUUCUUAAUGUUUCAAAUAAAGGAGACAGAGUUGUGGAAUGCCAGUUGGAAACGCACAAUCGAAAAAUGGUUACUUUUAAAUUUGAUUUGGAUGGUGACAAUCCAGUAGAGAUAGCCUUUAUUAUGGUUCAGAACGAGUUUAUCCUGGAGACUGAGAGAGAAUCAUUUAUUGACCAAGUAAGGGAAAUUAUUGAGAAAGCUGAUGAAAUGCUGAGUGAAGAUCCAAGUGGGGAGCCAGAAGGUGAUCAAGGAUUGGAGACUGUAAAAGCCCAGGUAGCUGCUUGCUUUAAUCAAGCACAGAAAGCAGAAGGCAGGUACAAACAAGAAGAGCCACUGAUAUCAGCACCUGUUCAGUUAGGUACACAGGCAGGCUCUGCAACACAAGUGGUCCAUUCUGCUGGAAGACGGUUUAUUGUGAGUCCUGUCCCUGAGAGCCGACUACGAGAACCGACUUUCAACGUGGGUGUCACUUCAAUUAAAGAAAUUCAAACAGCUGGUUCCCAUAGUCCCAAUCUAAACCUAUCACACUCAGCUUCUUCAGUGAGCUUGCAACAAGCCUUUUCAGAUUUAAAGCAUAAACCGUUUCAAGAAGGUCCUAAUACCGCUCCUCCAAUCUUCAAUCAAACUAUGGCACCAUUUACUAUGGCACAUCCAGAAAUGACCAGUAUUGGACAAGGAAUUCAUAUACAAAUGGCGGUAUCGUCAUCAGCACCAGCUAGUCUCAUAACUGCUAGUUCUGCAUCCCAAGCCAUGGUACAGAAUAUUCAAUCUCAGCCAGCUGAGUUAAAUAGUGAAAGCAUUGCUGGUGUCAUUGGCCCGAGUUCCAUAUUGCUUCCUCCAACCUCUCAGUCAGCACAGCUGUCUGUUGGUGGCCCUGCUGCUGCUGUUAGUGUUCCAAGUUGUGCAUCUCCACCUUGGACCUCUCAGUCAGGUCAGCAACUAAUUAGUGGUCAUGUCACGAGUGUUUCAGUUGUAAGCUCAUUAGUGCCACCAUUAACAUCACAAGUUAGUCAAGCUCUGCUUGAAGAAACUACUAUCAGUGUAGGACCUUCAACGUCUGUUUCCCCAUCUUCCACUGAAGCUGUGAUUUUGCCAGCCCCUCAACAGCUUAAUGGGGGAUCUGUGGUCAGCCUGGCAGAAUCUUCAGUUUCAAUGAACUUGUUUCAGAGCCAGAAAGAGAAUUUGUAUAGUGCAACCCAAGCAGAAAUCCAUCCGAUGGAUGGUAAUAUAAUCACGCUGGCAGUUUCCACCUCACCACCAUUAUUGCCUGUUUGUGGCACUCAAUCUCCUGUGGUUCAAACAGUUACUUCGCAACAUGCCAUCCUACCUCAAACAGUGGGCAUUUCUGUGCCCCUGGCAACCCAGACCCCUAUACCUGGCACAGGAACUGCACAGCCUGUUUGCAGUAUUCCUUCUGUUCAACAAACACUGAUUCACAGUCGGCCUCAAACAGCUUUUCUUCCAAAUCAACCCCAUAUUCAUUGCUCUGAAGUCGACAUAGAUUUGAACACCAAAGGAACAGGCAUUGAUAAUAUCAAGACCUUAGAUGAAAAGCUUCGAUCCUUGUUCAGUGAACAUAGUGCUGCAGGCUGUGCUCACAUUUCAGCCUCUUCGGAGAUGGGAUUGGUUGCAGAAUCUACCACAGUUGAUAGUUUGCUCAUUUCAGGAAAAGCAUCUGCUGCUCCAGGGACUUCAACAGUUACCGUUGCAUCCUACCCAGUAACUGCCACAGGGUCUGUCAUACCUCCUUCUAGUCUACCUCUUGGCCCUACAGGACUUCCUUUAACUGUCCAACAACCUUUGACUCCUGCCAGUUAUACCGUAUCCUUGACGAGUGUCAUUACAACUGCAGGGCGGCCAGGCACUCCACCUUCCAAGCCACCACUUGGCAGAUUACCAGUGCAACAGCUAAGCACGGAAGCUCUUGAUCAGCAAUUAAAACAAGCUCUCACUCCACCCACUGAGCAGUUGCCAUCUUUUCCAGGACCUUCACUAACCCAGUCACAACAACCGUUAGACACUUUGGAUGCCCAAUUAAGACGUGCCCUGAGUCCAGAAACUGUGACAAAUGUACCAGUUCCUGUCACAUCAGUACAGGGUAUGACUCCUGUAAAUGGGUCAGUUGUGCCUCCUGGACAGAGCUAUACAACAACUGGCCUGCCUGGUGAAGGUCAUAUCCCACAGCUAGGAGACAUUAACACGGCUUCCUCAGAAGAUAAAUUGGGCUGUCCUGUGCUAGUGUCACAGUCUCAUGAGGAAGGUGUCAUAGAGUCAAACACAGUUGUAACUACCGCAACUGGAAGUGGAGUUGUUAAAAUGGGACGUUUUCAGGUUUCUGUUGCAACAGAUGAUGUCUUGUAUCAAGAAGCAAAUGAUAAGCAGCAAGAAAGUAAGCUGAAACAUAUGUCAGAUGAGUCUUCCUUUUCUGGAAGCAGUCCUGAAAGUACAGUGAUUAAACCUGAACAUGACAGUCAUGAAGAUGUGGUGGAUAGUGUCUCAGUAACUCAAAGCAAAAACAACAGAUCUUUGCCAUAUCAUGAACACCAAGAACAGGAGCCAGCUCAUAAGGCAAAUAUAGGACGAUUCCAGGUCACAACACGACGAGACACUGUUGGCCGCUUUUCAGUAGCAAGGACACAGGAUGAAGUGACUUAUGAAGCUGGCAUGGGAGUCACUCCUUAUGUUCCUUUGAGCACUGCCCCAUUGACGGUAAUUUCCUCUGCGGCAGUGGAUCUCUUUAGAGCUUCAGAUCAAAUUUUACCAUCAAAAGAAUCAACUGGUUCAGAUCAGUAUGUACAUGUGAAUGGACCAGUUCUGCAGGAGACUGGACAGCAACCUUGUUCAAAGGAACUGGAUCAAACACAGGUUGAUAGUGCAGGGAGUUCAGUUUCCCCUCAAUCGCCAGAAUCAAAGAGUGCCACCAUUGUACAGAACCUCACCAAUUCUUUUAAUUCCUCCUACAUGAGCAGUGAUAAUGAUUCAGAAAUUGAAGAUGAAGACAUGCGAAAAGAGCUCCACAGAUUGAGGGACAAACAUUUGAAGGAGAUCCAGGAGUUGCAGUCAAGACAGAAGCUGGAGAUAGAGGAACUCUAUAUCAAAUUGGGUAAAGCACCACCAGCUGUAAUAAUUCCACCUGCAGCACCCCUAUCUGGACGUCGUAGAAGGCCCACUAAAGGGAAAAGCAGCAAAUCUAGUCGAAGCAGUUCCCAAGGACAAAAGAGUCCUUUACCAUCUGGAUCCUUAACUGCUCAGAGUACUGCUUCAGUUUUAACAUCACAGCAGAUGCUUUUGCCACCCCCAAGUACUCAAGAAUUCACUGUUUCUGGACAAGGUCAAUUGCUGAAACCAUCACCAUCUAGUGAAAAUUUGUACUCUGCUUACACCAGUGAAGGGGUGAUUUCUGGACAAAGUGCUCCUGGAACUGCACAAGGAACAACCAGUACAAAUGCAGUAAGUGGAGUUGGGUCGAUGGCUCAGCCACAACAGCCAGCAAUAACGAGUAGAAAAGGCACCUUCACGGAUGAUUUGCAUAAGCUAGUGGACAAUUGGGCUCGAGAUGCUAUGAAUCUCUCUCAGAACAAGCGUGGCAUGAAGCAACAAGGUCAACAAGGCCAGCAUUACUCUGAAACGAUGCCAAGGAAGUAUUCGGCACCAGGUCAGCUUUGUGUCUCCAUGACAAACUCUGCUGCCUCAGUUGGCUCCUUGGGCCCUUUCAGCAAGACUCCUAUCUGCCAGUAUGGUUAUCCUGGAACGCCUUAUGGUGCCCAGUGGACUGGAGCACCACCUCAACAGCAACCAAGCAUUAUAUCACCAACACCAGGUCUCCAGUUUCAAGCAGUUGGCUCCACUUCACUACAGAGUUUUCCCUUGGGAACUUUGCAGAAAUCUGUCAGCAAUCCUUCUGGAUCCAAUCUUAGGACAACAUAGAUGUAUAAUUCUAAUUCUGGAUAGGUGUGAUCAAUAGACUGAGUGGAAUUCAAGGUUUAAUGGCCUCUGCUGAUGUUGCUGGGGAUAGGUCAUGGAGUUUCAAAACGUACAAAUGACUUGACACUGCUUUUAUAUACACAGCAUCAUUUGAGAGCUAUUUUACUAGUUCUGUUUCAAACAGCGUUCUGUGUGGACAUAUAUUUACCCAUCAGUUUUUGAUGUUCAAACACUGUGAUAUAUAAAUGUUGUUGGACAACAGUAGUUAAAAGUGGAUUUAGAGGGUUUAAAGUUUAAAAAAACAAAAAAAACUAAAGCUAGCUAUAAUCCAUACUUAUCAGAGACACUUUAAUUUCUUUGUUACUUUAUUGUAUUAGGUAAAUAAAUGUGAAUGUAAAAUUGUAUAAAUGUACUUGAAUACCUGUUUUCCCAGUAUGCUUGCUGGAUUCAUAGUGCCUUGUAUUGUGCUUCUGACUUGUCUGCAGGAAAGCACUUAGUGUCCCCAACAGAAAAAAAUAAAGAGGAAGAGAGCAAGUGAAAGGUGGAGUUGUGGUAAAGUAGAUAGUUCAUGCUUGUUCUUCAACAGAACUGAUGUCAUUCACGGUGACUGAAAUGCAUCCAUUCCGUAAAUCAGUUCCAGUCUUUUGUCUUUCCCUCUCCAGUAUUAUUCAAUUAAUCAAAACAUGGAGUCAUCAAAGGCCAUAAUAUUAAUGGUUAAAAUUUGCUCCUGCAAAUUCAGGGUCUGUAUUUUCCACAAUAUUCAGCAAAUGCUGUUACUUCCAGAAAUGCAUUGGAAUUGUUAAGUUUUUAAGUGUUUAGCCACUUGUGUGGUUAAGUUUGAUGUUGAAGUGACAAAGUCUAAAACGUUAGUUAAGAAUUGUUAUCACUAUAAAGAUUGCUGGUGCAGAUUGAAUGCAGCAUUCAUGCCCUUUAAGGCCAAACUAUUUUACUUUUCUUUGUCCAAUACUGAAUUUGUGAACAAAAUUUAGGUUCUGUAAUUCAUCUACCGUUAAUAUUUUUGAAUGUAAUUGACAGUUGCAGUGUGUCAACCAUCAUUUGCUUAUUUUUAACCAUCACUAAUGCUCUGAUUUACUUUGUAGUUGGAGGUGGUCACUAUUGACAUAAGUUGUGAAUCAACACAGGCAAUUCUUAAGCUGAAUAUAUGGGAAAAUGAAAAAUUAUGGAACAAACUUUACAAGAUACACAAAGGCCUCUUACAUUCUACACAGGCUUUACCUAGAAUGUCAGUCAGAUUCAUAAGUGAACUUAAACUCUCAACUUCACUAUCCAUAUUUUAUGUUGCAUAAUAACCAUAUUUAGAACAAAUACAUGAGUUGAAAUAAAUACAAAUCUUAAGAAUGUUUUGACAUAAGAUUUGCAUUUUUCUUUAGUUUCCACUUAAUGAAAAAGAAUGCUGAAUUUAUAAUAAUCUUUGUGGUAAAUUGUUUCCUGGAAGAAUAAUUACCUGUACUUAAAUUUGAGUCUGUGCCUUCUUACCUCCUCUUUCUACCCCCCACCCCCCAGAACAAUACUUCCCUUUCCUUGUUUCACAUUCCCCUCCAAACUACACAAGUUUUCUUUGUUUCACCAGGUAUUUGCAGAAAAGUAACUGGUAAAGAGCUGGCUGAGGGAAUGUUUUUGCAGUUUUUUUCUGAUGUAGAGAAUAAAAGGACAAAUGUAACUUAA